GCCACCGUACCCCGGCUGUCGUCCCAGGCGAUAAAGGCGGGCCUUGGCUGGCAGAAGAAGGAGGAGAAGGCUCUGCUCCAGCAGGUGGAGCCCCUCUUGCUGGGCCGCAGGGAGGAGGCAGCCAUUGCCCGAAUGGGAGGCUGAAGGGGAGGCAGGGAGGCCGCCGCCGCCGCCGUGCUUUGGGUCCCCGAUGGCCAAGGUGCAGGUGAACAACGUGGUGGUGCUGGACAACCCCUCGCCCUUCUACAACCCCUUCCAGUUCGAGAUCACCUUCGAGUGCAUAGAGGACCUCUCCGAAGAUUUGGAGUGGAAAAUUAUCUAUGUGGGCUCAGCUGAAAGUGAGGAAUACGAUCAAGUUUUAGAUUCAGUUUUGGUGGGCCCUGUACCUGCAGGAAGGCAUAUGUUUGUAUUUCAGGCAGAUGCUCCUAAUCCAGGACUUAUUCCUGAUGCAGAUGCUGUAGGAGUCACAGUUGUGUUAAUCACCUGCACCUAUAGAGGUCAAGAAUUUAUUAGAGUUGGCUAUUAUGUAAACAAUGAAUAUACGGAAACAGAACUGAGAGAGAAUCCUCCAGUAAAGCCAGACUUUUCUAAGCUCCAAAGGAAUAUUUUGGCAUCUAAUCCCAGAGUCACAAGAUUCCACAUUAACUGGGAAGAUAACACUGAAAAACUGACAGAUGCAGAAAGUAGCAACCCAAACCUUCAAUCACUUCUUUCUACGGACGCACUGCCUUCUGCUUCAAAAGGGUGGUCAACAUCGGAAAAUUCAUUAAAUGUCAUGUUAGAAUCUCAUAUGGACUGCAUGUGACCUUCUGCCCUUCAACGCUCUGUAUGUUUGAGCUGUAGAUACACACAAGACACAACUAUCACCUUGUACCUAUUCCCUUGGAACUUAUGAAUUCAACAAAACUCCCCACAUUCUGUAGAAAGUUUAUAAGGAAAAAGUAUUUGAGUGGCUGUAUAAAUAAAACUAUUUUUAAAUAA